AUGGCAAUCGAUCAUUCAGCACUUGAGCCAGACAGCCGGCCACUCUAUCGGAUGUCUGGGGCGCUCACUAAUAUAAUAUGGGCCCACUUACCUGCCUACUUGCCAACUAGCAGCCAUCUAUCUAUUAGGGUAGUUAUAAUAUGCCGAGUUCCCUACUACCCCGCCCCCCACGGCACCAACUCCCGGCAUAAGGCUUUUACAUGGCGGGGAUAUGUAGCACUUUGA